AUGAGUCAACAAAAUAGUCAAGUUACUAGUCCUAUUAUCACUGAAGAAGAACAACAAAAAAUUUUAGAAAACUUCGAAGAAUAUCAGAAAAUUUUGAAAAAUAUCAAAAAACAAAAAGAAAAAAGAGGAAAAAGAAAAAAUCCAAAUAGAAAUCA